CGACUGUUCAAGGUCCCCACUGCCGGUAUCAUGCCUCGGGACGCGACGUGGCAUCAGCAGGUCAAGCAUCGUCUCCGAGCCAUUGCCGAGAGGUUCAGCAACAACAAGAGAUCUCGGAGCAGGCAACCUCUGCCGCAGGUGUGCAAUUUGCCGUCCAUCCCACCUGAAGUGUGGGGUAUCAUCAUUCAGCAUGCCUGCCUCUUAGACCACGACCCGCUGGACGUCUCGCAGGAGCUUUCGUUCCUUGAAUCAGCGACGAUGCAGCUUACAGGCUACCGGUACAUCAUGCGUGUCAAACUCGCCCUGUCGCUCGUUUCAAAGGAGUGGAAUGCUCUCUGUCGGCCUUUCCUGUACGAAUUCGUCUGGAUCAGCCGUUCCGUCCAGGCGCGCCUGCUUGCUGCCAUGCUCCGUGCGGAAGACAAGACAUACGGCUCUAGUGGGCAGUACAUCCGCCGACUGCAUAUUGAGACCCUCGCGCUCGAGCGCUGUACCCCGGCCGACCUGCGCACGAUCCUCGACCACGCGCCCCACCUGCACGUUUUCUCUGAUCACCAAUCUGUCCAGCGUCAGCAGAUCGAGCAUCUGCUCGAUCCCCGCUGCAGCCCGGAGGAGCUCCUGCGCCUCGUCGCACACGCGACGAUCCGCAGGCUCAGUUGGACGAAUUACGACCACACGCCGUUCCCGCUACACAUGCAUCCGCUGGAGAGUAACCUGGCGAUACGCCUUGAGUACCUCGAGCUCUCGUCGUAUGCGCCCAACGCAGCCCUGCAGCCUGCGUUAGCCAAGGACGCUGCACAGAGGGACAUGAACGUCUCGCUACCCUCCCUCCGCGCGCUCAAGGUGUCCCUCGACAACGCGACAUUUGCUGCGCUCGCAUCGUGGGACAUGCCGCGGCUCACGAACCUCUCCGUGCUCUCGUCCGACUUCUGCUACACCGGCGCGGGCUUCGCGCAGUUCUUCCGUGCUCACGGCUCCAAGCUGACGCAGCUCGAGCUCGGGCACUCGUCCUCACUCAUCGAGGAGCACUACCUCACCACCCCGCGGCACAUCCUGCACGCGCAGCAGACCGCCGCGGCGGGCGCGCGGCGGCCGAUCCCUCUGGCGGACUGGUGCCCGAACCUGCGUGAGUUCGUGUGCUCUGCGGACGCCGAGUGGCACUGGCAGUCGCCCGACUGGAUCGCGCCGCACGUCCUGCUGCCCGCGCACCCGAACGUGCAGCUCAUCGGUAUCCGCGACAUCGACAAGCGCCUGCGCGACGACCCGGACUUCUCGUCUGCAAGCAUGAGCGCGGACGCGGAUGCCGACACGGCGUACUUCACGCUGUUUGAGCAGAUGUCGUCGCUGCUCCGCCGCGACGCGUUCCCGAACCUGCGCUUCGUGCGCGACCUCAGCGCGAAGAGCCACCGCAUGCGCACGGUGCGUCCGGCAGAGCGCGUUGUCCGGUUCUGGAUGAACGUCGUGCGCAGCUGUCAAGAGCGCGGCGUGUGGCUUGAAGACCACUCUGGCAUCAACGUCACGGUUCGCAACCUGUGCCAGGCGCGGCUGAACCAAGUCCACGCUUGGCCGUCAUGGGACGACUCUUAGCGUGUGCCCCCCGUUAGCGUCUGUUCUACCCAAUCUCAAUCGUUACAUGGACAUCACAUCUGAUUCAGUCGUUUACGUCAACCCAUCUGUACGUAUCUACUACCCCGCCGUCGUUGUAUAACCCACCCGUUAUGCUGUCGUUUCAUACCUACCAUGAUAUCCUAUCCUCUCGUUUCCUCGGAGCUACUACCCCGUGCAUCUACUCGGACUAUGGGUGAUAUAUGGGUCUGCUAUAUACCGCUGCAUCGCGCUGACUUAUAUAUGCCUCAUACUUGCUGGGUGUUUCUUGGUUUGCUUGGACUUUCUGGAGGUCAUCGCACUUUGUACAGACCCGUCUUUCUCCAAAAUACAAUCAACUUUAUGUGCCCAUUC